AUGGGAGACUUCGAUUCCAAUCCAACACUACUAAUCGAUCGGAAUCCCAUCCAGCCGCCACUUCCUGAAGGAAGAAGCUAUGAGAUUUCACCGGAGAUCAUUGGUUUGUGCAGGAGGUGCACCCAAGAGUACUUAAAGUGCAAACUAUUCUCUUUCACUUUGACAGGGAAGGCUUUGCGCUGGGUUAAGUCUCUUCCAGCUCAAUCCAUAACCACAUGGAAAGAGUAUAAGGUGGCAUUCCUAGGUCACUUUUUCACAAAGCAGAGAGCAAACUUGUUGAGAGAAAAGAUCUCUAGUUUCCAACAAGGGCCGGUGGAGCCUUUUCAUGAAGCAUUGGAGCGCUUCAAGGACUAUACAAGAGAGUGUCCUAACCAUGGGCUAUCUGAGGGCAGUCUAUGGAACAUUUUCUACAGAGGAAUAAGUGGGAAGUGUAGAUUUUCUCUUGAUACAGCCAGCAAUGGAAAUUUCAUGACCAAGACAGUUACUGAAGCAAAGAUUUUGAUUGAAAAUCUAGCCUCAAGCGACAGUGACAACUUCAUUGGCAUGAGAGAGCAGUGA